AUGAAGCCAAUUUUAAUUGUACAUGGUGGUGCAGGUGAUAUACCUGAAAGUAGAGUGCAAGGCAAAUUGCAUGGUGUAAAAGUAGCAGUAAGGGAGGGUUAUAAGGUUCUUUCUAAAAAUGGCAGUGCUCUUGAUGCCGUGGAAGCUGCAGUUGUGUCUAUGGAGAAUGACGAAUAUUUUAAUGCAGGGUAUGGCUCAGUUUUAAACUUAGCAGGUGAAGUGGAAAUGGAAGCAAGUAUUAUGAGUGGAAAAGACCUUGAUGUUGGGGCAGUCACAUUAGUUAAAGAUUUUCUUCACCCUAUUAGCAUUGCUCAUAAAGUUCUCACUGAUUCACCCCACUCUUUAUUAGGAGGUCAGGGUGCCAAAGAAUUUGCUCUGGAAAAGGGUUUCCAACCAGUACCACCAGAGUCUUUAAUAAGUGACAAUGCUAAGGCUGCUUUAAAUGAUUUUUUGAAGCAUGGGGAAUUUGGAAGGACAGAAAUUGGCAUAGCAGAGGGCGGCGUGGGUACUGUGGGUGCUGUAGCGAUCGACGCGGAAGGCCGAAUUGCGGUAGCCACCAGCACGGGGGGUAUGAGUGGCAAGGCCGUCGGACGUAUUGGGGACACGCCCCAAAUCGGCAGCGGCACUUACGCCGACGACAAUAUCGGCGGUGUGUCCACCACAGGUCACGGUGAAUCAAUCUUGAAAUACUGUUUGGCACACAGCAUCGUCAAAUUAAUGGAGAAGGGAAUUGAUGCAGCCACAGCCACGAAGGACGCUGUUACUGGUAUGACUUCUCGUUUGAAAAAUACGGCCGGGGCAAUUACUUUAUCCAAGGACGGUGAUGUUGGUCUAUAUUUUUCGUCUAAAAGAAUGUCUUGGGCUUAUAUCAAAGGAGAUUUAGAGAAGAAACUCCUGGAUGUAACUAAGCAAAAUCUCAUAAUUAAUAGAAAAUUGAAACUGGACAUUCUGUUGGAUUACCAACGUGGAACACGGGGCGAAAUUAACUCUCGUAGUCUUGUACAAGAAUUGGCUAAAGCUGUUCCUGACCAAUGCAAAUUAUCAUUAUAUCAGACACCACGGUUGCAAGGCUCUUGGUCCAAAGCUCUUCCAGCCCGUUAUAACGAAAUUGUUGGUCUACAACACAUGAAGCUGUACAUUGCUGAUGACUCUGUAAUACUUAGUGGAGCAAAUUGUUCAAAUGACUACUUUCAGAAUAGGCAGGAUCGUUACAUUGAAAUUCAAGAUGUUGAUCUCGCGAAUUUUUACUGUGAACUAAUAGGUAUGACUGUA